AUGAGCGAUGCUGGAGCGCCCGAGAGUGACGCUGGCAAAGAGCCCGAGACGAAGGAAGACAGUCAGGAACUCAACGCGUCAGGACAAAAGGUUCCCGCAGUGAAAGACAAGCACUGUCGCUAUUGCCGUCAGCUCUUCACAUCGUCGUCCUUGGGCCGCCACCUGGACCAGUAUCUGUUCAAGAAGAAACCGGACGGAAUCCACGAUGUCGAGGAGAUUCGCCGCCUUCGAAGCGGAAUCACAAGGCGCACCGCGCGCAAUUCCACCAAGCAGGCAAGUCCAGACGCUUCAAGCACGAAACGCACGCCCGAUCCGCAUUCCAUCCCUCCGCUACAAUUGAACCCAAAGGGGACGGGGAAGUACCGGGUGUUCUUGAACCAACCGAGUUGGCAUGCUACGGGCGUGAUCAACGAUAUCCCCAAUGCCUCUGUGUCGCAACUCAAGAUACCGGCGACGCCGCUCGAGCGCUUCAAUAUAUUGACGGAUUCAAAUCCGGAAACCGCAAGAGCUCUGGAAUUGGCGUUGCGUGAGGUGCUCGAUAGCAUCAAGGCUGCCACUACACGCAAAUCCUCAACACUAUCUCCUUUCGACUUUGAUCUCCAAUCACAGACGUUCCCGUCGCUGUGCUUGCAAGCGCUGCCGCCUCCUCCCAGCCUCUUCUCCACGCAUCCCUUUUCUUCCCCAGACUCCUUUCCGAUUGAGCCACCUACGCCAAAUCAGAGAGAUAUCGUCCAGCAGGCCCUUCGAGCAAAAAUACAGCAGUGGAAAUUGGAUAAAUUAGGCUCUGCAGUGUCAACUGCGCCGGGGGCUUCACAGUAUAAUGCCGGUUCUCCUAACAGUGAUGCCGAAAUCGUGGAGAGGACCUCUCAGCAACAUGAAGAGAUGAUGAUACGCCAUUUGGACUUGUCAUUACGCCACUGGAUCGCUCUGCCUCCGCAUGAGCAGCGGAACCUAUGGCAAUUGGAAAUCACCCGUGCAUUCGCGAGGGAGACGGAGAAAUUAAAGAAGGUGGAACAGCAACUCGAGAGGACGCAGCAGGAGGCGAACCAACUACGCGCACAGGUUGAGAAACUGACUUCCUGUCAAUGGCCCAGGGAAUUUGCCAUUUUCCCGCCCAAUUUGUUGCCUCUCGCACCAGAAGUGGCGCGGGAGUUGGAUGAGAAGGAGAGCAGCAUGAACAGUGCAGAGUCCACAAGAUGGGACUAUGAUCAUCUAGUUGCGAAAUGGAAACGCGUUGUUAUGCACGAUAAGAGCAUGGGUCGCUCGGGAGUUGGGGCCUAUAUGGAUCCGAUCCUCGAGAGGCAACAUGCUGCGUCUGCUACCAAGAACCUGUUGCAGAAACUCCCUAAUGCAAACAACAACGGAAACCCCAGUUCCAAUCGUUUCCAUAUGCCAUCGCCAUCCCAGCAAAGUAACCCCGUUUCCCCUGAAUCACUGAAUCAAGAUCGACAACCCGCGAAUCCGUCAACACCAUACGAAACCCGAGACCCCAACGAUGUCCAUGAGCCGUUCAGACCGGCAAAGCGGCAGCGCAUCGGGAACCAUCAGUCAAAAGCUUCCUAUCACGGCGAUGAGGCGGCAGCUCACUCCCCACCACAGCCCUCCCAUCCAACGAUGCAUAGCAUGCCCAGUUCUUCCGCGCAUUCAAGACCGCCCCUGACCUAUUCAUUCAACGCUCCAAGCCCGCUCCCACCACCCAACAGUACCGGACGAAACACCCCAAACUUUUCAAGCCACGGCCAUCGACCACAAAGCGUCCGGCCUGACUCCUUCAACGGCACUCCCGGUCAACUUCCGCACCUAGAACAGCGCUCCCCUGCGGAGCGCGAAGUGUCAAAUGCCAUGAUGAGCCUGCAUCAGGAGCCCGUUCCGCAGCAUCCACAACUGCCUCCGCCUCCACUCACGCAACAUCAUCCGUAUCCUGACGGGAGCCAACGGACAAUGCCGAUGAAUAUCAACUCCUUUCCGCGGCAUCAGAGAGGAGUGCCAUGA